AUGGUUGAAAUCACUUUCAAGCGACGGCAUUUAACAGCCAAUGAUUGUAAAAUAGCUGAAUGGAUUCUGAUCAAGCAAGCACAAAAUGAAGAUGAGCUUAAGAAAACAGCUGUAUCAACGGCCAUCAAUAACGACGGUCCUAUCUCUUCUAGGACAAGGAGUCACAACGUGGCGGCAAUCAAGCAACAAAUCAGCAAACUGGAAAGUAACAAUCGUUUAGACGGAACGCUGGCCGGUGUUUUUCAGGCAGUAGUUCGCUAA